AUGGCCGCGGGGGCGCCCGGGCAGCGGCUGCGCGAGGAGGCGCGGUGCCCCGUGUGCCUGGACUUCCUGCGGGACCCGGUCAGCGUCGACUGCGGCCACAGCUUCUGCCUCGCCUGCGUCUCGGAGCUGUGCGCCAGGGCGGAGGGCGCGCGGGGCGGCGUCCACGCGUGCCCGCAGUGCCGGGCGCCCUUCCGGCCCGCGGGGUUCCGGCCCAACCCGCAGCUGGGCAGCCUGGUGGAUAGCGUGCGGCGGCUGGGGCUGGGCGCGGGGCCCGCGGGGGCGCGCCGGUGCGCGCGGCACGGCGAGGACCUGAGCCGCUUCUGCGAGGACGACCAGGCGGCGCUGUGCUGGGUCUGCGACGCCUCGCCGGAGCACAGGAGCCACCGCACGGCGCCGCUGCAGGAGGCCGCCCGGGGCCACCAGGCAAAGCUCCAGAUGGCUCUGGAACUUGUGAGAAAAGAACUAGAAGAGGCUUUGACUCAGGAGGCCAGUGUGAGGAAGCAGACUGUCAUUUGGAAGGAGAUGGUGGAAAUGCAGAGGCGGCGCUUCCGGUCGGAGUUUGAGAAGCACCGCGGCUUUCUGGUGGAGGAGCAGCUGCAGCUGCGGGGGCUGGCGGAGGAGGAGCGGGCCGCCCUGCGGCGGCUGCGCGAGGGCAGGCGCCGGCUGAGCCCGCGCUGCAAGGCCCUGCGGCGGCGGGCGGAGGAGCUGGAGGACCGGUGCCGGCGCCCAGCCCUGGGUCCGCUGGAGGGUGUGAGAGGAGCCUUGGACAGGAGUAAGGCUGUCACGCGGCUGGAACCAGAGACCAUCCCCCUGGAGCUGAAGACAGCAUGCCGCAUCCCCGGGAUGAGGGACAUGUUGAAGAAGUUCCAAGUCGAUGUCCAGCUGGACCCUGCCACGGCGCAUCCCGUCCUCCUCUUGACUGCCGACCUGCGCAGCGUGCAGGAAGGGGAGCUCUGGAGGGGUGUCCCCCACAACCCCGAGCGGUUUGACACGUGGCCCUGCGUCCUGGGCCUGCAGAGCUUCUUGGGGAGGCACUACUGGGAGGUGGCUGUGGGAGAAGGAGCCGGGUGGGGUCUGGGUGUCUGUCAAGACUCGCUGCCGAGGAAGGGGGAAGCCGCGCCGUCCCCCGAGAACGGGGUCUGGGCCCUGUGGCUGCUGGAGGGCAGCGAGUACCUGGUCCUCGCCUCCCCGCCCGUGCCUCCUCUCCGGCUGGAGCCGCCUCGCCGCGUCGGGGUUUUCUUGGACUAUGAAGCCGGGGAAACCUCAUUUUACAAUGUCACGAGUGGCUCUUACAUCUACACAUUCAACCCGCUGUUUUCUGGUUUUCUCCGGCCUUAUUUUUUCAUCUGUGACAUGAAUCCUCUGAUCUUGCCACCUGUGACAGAAGCAGCGUCAGGAAAUUGGGCAUCCUCCAGUCAUCCGGACGCUGCUCCUCCUGUUGGAGAUGACCAUCCCUGAAAUUCUGCCCCGAGGCACAGGCCUGGCCCGGCAGAGGUUCCUGAAGCGGAGGGAAAGCCAUGAGCACCGGUACCAGCAGCUGCCCUGCGGGGCUGUCCCGGCACGGAGAGAAGCUGGGGCAGUUGCGGUGGAGGGCUGAGCGGCUGCGUUUCAGGAAGGGCCCAUCUCGUCUGUCUGCAGGUGACCCCACAUGCUUUCUUGAUGGCUCUUCCUUCAAAUCAGCGACCUCGUAUGACACACAGGUUUCUGUGCCUUCAUCACGCUUUCUCAUGCCUCCCGAUAGCUGUUUUCACCCCUGAUCUUCCGUGUGUUAAGUAUCAGAAAUGGCGGUUCUUACCUGGGCUCAGAAUGGGCUGAUGUCACUCCAGCGUCAGGCCCACAGUUCUGUUUCUCCUUUUCCUUAUUUUCCUUCUCUUCUCAGUUUCUCCCUCCUCUGUCUCUGUCUCUGUUUCUGUUUGUCUCUAUCUUUCUUGUUGUGAUUUUUACUUCUUAUUAUUUAACCUGUCCUUUCCUUCUAAACUAAAAUAUUGGGAGCCAUUCCUUUACACGUUCAUCAUUGCUGUGACUAUUUACUUUCUAAAUUCUCUUUAUUCUGGGAAGACUUUUUGAGGAUUAGGAAAUUUAUUCCUCUGAAUCUAAUAUCAGGGAUUUCUAGUCUUUUUCAUUUAUCUUUGGCUACGUUAUUUUUAUUGCAGGGAUAUCUCAGAAUUUUGAUUUAACUAGUCCUUUGACCUGGAUAGUUAUUAGUUUAAGACCUCAAACACAUAACACCUGUCUCUCUCUCAGUCUCGGCUGCUUUUCCCAGUCCCUGUGUGUGGAACAGUGGCACUGGCCAUGGUAAAUAUUUAAGGGUGUAAUUGAUAUUGUUGGUUUAAAUUCAACUUUUCUAUUUAAAUGCAAUAUAAAUGUGAUGAUGAGGAGGAUGAAAUCAUAAUAAUAUUUAACUUAUUUCUAAAGUGUAUUCUGUACCUUUCUUGCCAAAAUUCUUAAAAACCAUUGAAGGCUAACUUUUCUGCCGUCAUUUCUGUAUCUGUAUCUAAUAAAUAAUUGCAAAACAAAUGUUAAAAUGCUUCAAUGCCAAAUGCUUCAAUGAUAGCCAAAUACGAAUUAAUGGCAAAUUGCUUGACAUUAUCCUGAUAAUGAUCUGCCGGUGUUUUAAUCCUCUUCUUUAACUUCUGACUGACAUCUUUUGGGUACCUUCCAAUCAUAUUAUUAAGGUAGCUUUCUUUGAAGAUUUUCCAGUUGUCUGAUCAUAAGCAAACACUUGCCCUCUCUGUCAGUCACUUUCAAUCAGAGGCGAUAACACACCCUUUCAACCCUCAGGUGCUAUUUUACCGAGCGCACGUGCCCCGGGCCUCUCUGAUGCCUGCUCUGGGCGGGCACAGGGGCUUCAGCUCAGCAGUGGAGCCCCUUCCCCAAGGGGAUCCAGAGGGACUGAGUCCCUGGUUUGGGAUCCCUCAUUCCAUGGGGUCCAGCCGUUCCCUGGGACAAGGAAGCUGGGUGGGAAGGAGAGUCCUACCCGGGCCUUUUACUUUCUUCCUAGGAUGAGAAGAGAGUCCCAGGGAUACCCCAUCCCUACCGUGUAACCGACAUUCCGAUCUCCACCAUCUUCCUUCCAUCUUGUCAUCUCACUGUGGUUUUAUUGCGCUUUAUGUCAAUCAUUAAACUGACGUCUGCCUUCAUCCCUCACAUUGUAAGCUUCAUAAAGCUCUGUGCGUCUCCUGCGAUGACCCCCUCUCCUUCCUUUCCAAUCCCCACUACUCCCUCUGGAAUUCUGCUUCAUUACCUGCAAACUACUCUGAAUCCAUACUAUUUCCUGACCUUCCCCAUCCUUUCCUUUCUCCUGAAUGCUAGUCUUUUAUAUUCAACUGUCCUCUUGAAAUCAAAAGAGACGCUGAACCCCAUGUGCCUAUAACUUAGCCCUGAUUUUCUCCCCAAGUCCCGCCUCAACAAGAGCCGCUGAAUCGCAGGCCUCUCCGUCUCCGUGGGUGGCAGCGGCUCGCUAGCCAGCGCUCGGGCCGACGUCGGCCGACUCCUUUCUGGACUUCACAGCUCGCACAGCAAACCCGCUGGGCCUCCUCCCGACGUUUCCAGGGUCGGCCAGCCCUGACCACGCUGCUGCCAGGACCACGGUCUGAACCUCGUCCUCCCGCUGGACAGGACACUCACUUCCUGACGGUGGUCCGGCCCGGCUCCAGCCCUCCCGCGUCCCUCCCGGCGCAGCGCCCGGUGACCCUUCAGCGCCCAGGACAGUGACACCUCAGCGACCUCCUGCUCAACUUACAGUCGGGAUCUGCACAGUGAGCCCUCAGACCCCGGAGGCCUGAACCUCGGUCCUUUCUCUGCUCCUCUCCUCCUCUGACUUCCCUGUUCCUUCUGCGUCCGCCGCCCUGGCCUCUGGGCAGGCGCCUCCAGCAGAGGCUUCCCCGCCCGCCGCUUCUGCUGGAAAUGGCCUCGGCCCUGGUGCCCUGGCCGCCUUCCCGCUCCUCCCUGUGUCUGCUGCAGCCCAGCUCCGGGCGGCAGCACGCAGCCCGGCCGGGCCAGAGCACCUCGCCCGCCCCCUGGGGAGAGGAGGCCGUCUUCUCACGAGGCGCGGGCCGACUUCUGAUGGGUUGUGGUGUCCACGUGUCUGUGAGGGCUGCUUUUAUUUAUUCAGUUUUUCCUUUUAAUGGUGGAAUGUAAACCACAUGAGGAGAGGGAUUGUUGUCGAUUGACAAUGGCGUGUUCAUCGACGCAUCCCAAGCACCAAAGCGAGGGUUUGUGUGUGGUUAUCGCUCAAUGCAUAUUUGUUGAAUGAACAGAUGACUAUUUGGAGAACAGAAUUAAAUGAUGGACCCGAAAGUGUUUUGUGACAUUAAUAUACUGUAGUGAUAAAAUAGUAGUAAUUUUAUUAUAAUUAUUUAUAACUAGACAACUACUGGCCAGUAAAGUUUAAUGCCAAGUGCUGAGUGCGUAAAAUUGAUUUGGGGGUACAGAGGAAAUUGGAACAGCAUUUCCAAUUUCUGCGCUUGGUUUGCGCAGGUGAUGGUUUCUAUGGGCGUGGUGACUUGCCGUGUCCAGGCGCCGUCCCGUUGAGUGCCUGGUUUUGAUUCCCUAUGGCAUCACGGUGACGCCUUUGAAUCAUGCCUUGUCUCAGACUCACGCCGCAAGUCAUGUCUCCAUGUUGUACUCACUAGGAAUGUGGGGAACUUUAUACAUCAACUUACAUGGACUGAAUCCUUUUUUUCAAAAAAAUUGACUUUCUCACUCUGCAGCCAGGCUGGAGUGCAUGAUCAGAACUCACUGCACCUUCGAACUACUGGGCUCAAGGGAUCCUCCCACUUCAGCCUCCCGAGUGGCUGGGGUCACGGGUGUGCACCGCACACCUGGCGGACUUCGCGUGUUUCACGUGCCUCUGUUCACCCGAACUGUCCAGUUGAGCUGCUCCCUCUACAAGUGGAUGUCCGGGGGCUUCUGUGCUCCCCGUCACUUCCCCAUUACUGUGCGUCUCUCCGUUAUUGGACACUGGAAUUUUUUCUAGCUCAGAUAAUCGAGUUUUUCUUUCCUUACGUAGCCUUAAGCACUGCUCUGAUAACUACUAAUGAAAUUCUUUUCUUCCCUCUAAGGCAUAUUUUAAAAAUCAGCCCCCGUAAUUAAAUUCUACAUUUUUCUAAGCCAUAACCUCCAGAACUGUCUGUCUGGAUCUGUGUCUAUAUAUCCUGAAGACUGGAUGAUUUUUUCAAUAACCAGUUUGAUCGUUCCUUUGCUCUCACACCCCUACCCCUGAUCAGGUGACUGUUUUAUCAACUGAAGUAAAUAAGUAAACUCAUUUUUUUUCUAGCAUGUUGGGAAGGCCCCAAAGGAGGAGAACUGGGAGGGGUGGCAUGUGGAGUUGGUCCUGAGUGGGAAGUAAACAGCCUCAUUAGCCAGCAAAGGACUGGAACGAAUUUAGAGUGAUGAUUUCGACUCCUGGCAUCCCACGGGCGGAGAAAGUGGAAGCACUGGGGCUUAUUAAACCCGCCUGCUCCCCAAGCACCCACCCUCAACGCCUGCUUCUGGUGGCUCCUGGGGCGCCCUGUGGCUCUGCUCUCUGGCACACAGGAGUGGGGUGCGGUCUGCGUAUGUGCAGCACACAUGUUCUACACAUCUGCGGACUCUACACGUUCCCUUGUAUGGAACGUUCUCUUCACUCUCCCAUUCUAUGACUACAUGUACUCAAAAGUACCCAAACAGUCAUCUUGAUAAAUUUCUUAGUCAAUCGACCCAAACAAAGUAGUCUGGUUUUUGUAUGACACUCCCUGCCUGAUGUUAGGGACCCAAUUUCUAUUUAUUCAUUUCUUUCUUUCUUUAUUUUUAAAAGUUUUCAGCCUUGUGAUGUCAUUUUUGCCUUUACAAGAACAUUGAAAACAUGGUUACGUACACAUAAUCUCAUUAAUCUAAGUAAUGAUACCUGCUGGAUUUCCUUACACUUAGUUUUUGGUUUUAAAGCAUAAACCAUGUAUGCCAACUCUUCAUUUCAAAUCAAAAGAUAAAAAUACCUAAAACAAAUGCGUUACCCUGUUAGCUCCUUAACUCAGUAAUAAACUUCAUAUUAAUUAGUACACCUAUGGAUUUAUUCCACUAUUUAGGACAAAGGGUUCUUCUCUAUAUACACAAAAUUAUUAGUGCAAAGAGAGUGUCACAAUAUUUUUGCCUUAUUUUCAAUAGAUAUAAGAAGAAAAAAAAAAACAAAAUGCAUGAUUCCUUUCUAGGUAGGAUGGGAUGGAUUAGACCUCAGCUAUUUUGUUUUUUGUUUUUUGGGUUUUUUUUAGCCACAUCAUGAUUCCCGGGAACAGGGGAGGGAAGCAAAUGGCCAGUUAGUAUUUAUGCCUUUAGAAAAACAAUGGAUUAAGUCUCCCAAUUUUGCUUACAUGAGAUAGUACAUUGUUUUCAUAUCAAGGGAUACAUUCUCAUGGUCCUCAUUUUCUGUCCGGACCCCACGGGAGAUUGGAGAAGUUGAUGUGAUACACACCUACAACAUGCCCCUGUGUAUGUGCUAAUGAUCCCUGUGGGCUUGAAGUUUCCCCAGUGCUGGGGGCGUGAACCCGACCACCUUCAAGGUCCUGCUCCAGUCUUUCCCCAAGAGAGCUGCAUAAUUCUGCAAUUGCAGCGAACCCUUCUGCACAAAUAUCAUAGUCUCUUGGAUGUAUAGAGGAACGGGUCAAGGCUGAGACACCUUCCGUUUUGCCCACAUCUGGAAUUGCACCUGGCCACACCACCUGUGUACACACAGAGGGUAGAAAGCGUUGCAUGAUCUGACGGAGGUCCUCUCGCUAGCGCUGUGCCCUCUGCAUUCUGACUUUCAGUGUUACCUGGCAGCAUAGGAAUACAGAUGGUGAGUAGAUUUCUGGAUGCAGGAGCUCAACUCAGAAACCUGUACUUCUCAGUUGGUUUGUUACAUAAAAAGCCACGGGGAGGGCCUGAAGGGAUAGAAAAGGAGAAAGUGAAGAAUGUCCUCCUUGCUCUUGGAAAGCUUAUAGAUGAGGACAGACACACCAAGACACAAAAGUACACAAACAACACAUACAUCACAACUCAUUAUUUAAUUAUAACAAAGCAAUACACUUACCAAUGCAAAGUUAUUUGUAAAGGAUGGAAUAUAAAUAUGCUGAGAAGACAAUAUAUGAAGAGACAUAAAAUAAAGGGUUUUGGGUUUUUUUUUUAUGUUGGGAUUCGAGUUUAUCUUUUAAAAAUGAUUUUUCGGGCAGAAGUAAGGAAAUGAGAUCUGAGAUGUGAGUUUUAUUUUGACAAAAUAAAAAGAGCAAUGAAAAGAGUAUUGUCAGCCUGUUGGUGGGGGGCGCAGAGCCCACAGGCUUGUGUGUGGGGCGAUCUAGGUCUGUGCCCUGCUCUGAAAACCUAGAUUCCAUUUCCUACUACUGCACAACGCUGCUAGUGUAGCCACGCUUUCAUGUGUUUAAAGCUCUUUACUUUUCAAGAUUAAAAAUUAUUUUUAAUUUUUUAAAUUAAAAAAGCAAACUAAUUUAACUUUUUAACUUAAAAAAUUAAAAAUAAACUAAAAUAUUUAACCACAUGCCUGUCCCCAUCCUUCAGGAACUGAGAAAACGUACACGUGGUUGACUGGUGGUUUGUGCGUGACCAUCUCUGAGAUGGACCAGUGCAGAGGGGCGUGGCUGCUCAGCUGUUUGAUCAGCACCUGUAAGGAGAGAGAAAUCUUGCCUUGUGAUACACUGGGCACACGCACGCCCAGACAUACACGUUAAACAACCAUUUUACAGAGCGACAGUGCCUUCAUGCCGCUGGGCUGCUCCCCUACUUCAAUCCCAGCAACACCGUAUCUGAAAAAUCACAUGUCUUCAGAGAUUGGAUUCACUUCUUGAUCUCUCUGUGGGUCACUAUUCACAUUUGUGGGGAGAAUCAGGGGUCUGCAGCGUAGUGAGUGACACUGCCUUUCAGGGUUUCCAGCUUCGAGUCUCGCAGAGGAGACUUCCUGGCAGCAGGGAGGGCUCGAAUGGCCGCAUUAAUCGGUGAACUAAGAAUCACUCGUGCCCCGAGCUGAGCUCUGCUCUGGGCCAAGGUAUGAAAGGCAAAAGGGUGAAAUGUCACCCGUCUCUCCCUUCACCAGGAGAGCCACUUGGCAGAGUAGUGACAAAUUCAUAGCAAAUACAGAAUAAACUGCUGUGUCCAAGAAAUGGUACAUAAUUAGUUUAAAAAUGACAAAAUUUACAGUGGCUAUGGAAGGUCCGUAUAGGAUGUAAAUCCUGGGGAUGCAAAGAGAGCUGUAAAUAUUGGCCGUCGUGCCAACAAGGAGCUCUGCGCAGAGGGAAGAAAGCUAACCACGUUCUUCCCAAAGUUUGAAUUCGGGGAAGAAAGUAUUUGCUCCUUCCCAGAACCUUCCAGAAAGUGAAGUGGCCACGCGUCCCUGCAGGACCCCUUUCUUCCAUGGGGAGGCGCGUCCGCAGGCAGCAGGCUCAGGACACUCCCUUCCAGAGCUGCGGCGAGGCCAGUGCCCAGCGUGUACUUAUUUGCUUGUUUUGAGGGGAGGGAGAGAGACGAAGUCUGUGUCCAGUUUUUAAAAACAGCAUCUUAGCUCAGUGGCCUCAGGUGUGAGCGAGGGCACUCGUGCAGCCGGGAGCUGAGACACAGACAGGCCUCUGGGCAGCCAGUGUGCACACGUUAGUUGGCGCCGGAACCAGCGGGCGCCCUCUCUUGUUUGAGGGGAGAAAUGAGGCAGCAUUUCGGUUAGAACUGACAAGAUGUGAGGCAUUGGCAUUAACGUUCCCUUUCUGUUGUUGAGAGCUUACCUCCACAUCACAAUUGAGAAAACAGGAAGAUUUAGAAGAUCUGAACUCAAGUUAUCACGAAAACCAAUCAAUCUCAUGUCCUUUCACCAUAUUUGACCUUAUUUUCAGCUCCUUGUUCUUACCUUAAUCUUAUUUCAUAGGAUUCACAAUUUUAGGACCAUGAAAUUAUGUAGCACUUUGUUAUAAAAUAUCAUGUUUUUGUGGCGAUUGAAAAUUUGUCUUUUUUUGUUUCUACUUUCCUGCUUUUCUUCCUACUUUUUCGUUUUUUCAGUUUGUUAAUAUUUAGAACAACAAAAUACUAAGAGAAAUGGGACAGUGAUCUCUGAAAAGGAGAAUGGCAAACUUAAAAAAAGAUAUAUUAACACAUUUUUAAAAAUUCAAUGAUUUGUAGGAAAAUUUCCUAAUAUCCUGUUAUUUUAUAAGCAUCUGUAUAUGCGCAUUAACAGAAAAAAACCCAAACUCUGUAGCAUAAAGAGGUUUAUUCUGAGCUGAAUAUGGGUGACUGAGGCCCAGGGUCUGUGCCCAAGAAGUCUGGAGGAGGUGGUUGGGUUACGGUUAAGUUUUAUGCAUUUUAGGGAGAUAGGGAUUCUAGGUAAAAUCGUGAAUUGGUACAUGGAAGGUGCAUAUUGGUUUGGCCUGAGCAGGCGGGACAUCUGGAAGUGGGGUAUUACGGGUUACAGGCAGCUUCAAACACUCUUUGAUUUGUAGUUGGUUAAGGAAAGGAAGCUUUGUCCAAAGGCUUGGGAAGUGUUCAGUUAAAAUAAGGAAGGCUGCAGAUGCACAAGCCACACUGUGGGGACCCAAGUGGUCCUGCUAAGCGCUCGGAUGGCCUGCGGGUGAUUGGGCCUUUGCCCUGCUCAGCCUUAGGGCCUGUGAGCCAGGCAGCACCUCCUAGUCACAAAGAGGCUGUUUGUCAGCCUUACGGUCUCUGCCUUCACAUCAGUGCGGUCAACUGUGUGUAAAAACUCCAGAAGGGAGGGGGUGUACAGAGGCGUGUCCGACCCUGCCCCUCCGGCCAGGAGCUCAGCCUUAGGGUUUCUCCAGGUCCCCUUGGCCACCAGGGCUCUGUUGAGUUGACAGGGGGCUUAGGAGUUUAUCUUAGUUCACAUAUGGAUUUUUUUAAUUUCAAAAUAAUCCAUGAUUAUUGGUUAUCGUGUCAUGAAAAACGGAUCAUGUAAAAACGAAAGUCUCCCUUAUCCUGCAUUUCACUCUCCAGAAGUGAGUCCUUUUAACAAUUCAGUGCAUCCGUCCAGACAUGGGCCACGAUUUAACAUAAAUGCAUCCACGCGUUGCUUUGUGGUGGCGACAUGUUCUGAGAAACACGUUGCCGGGCCAUCUCGUCGUCCUGGGAGCCUCCUGGGCCGCCGACUGCGCGUGGCCGUGGGCGUGGCCCGCGUCUCCUGGCCAGGCCUGCAGGCGGCGCUGCGCUGGGUGCCGGGCAGCGCUGACAGGCGGUGAGCCCGCUCUGAGCACCGCGCGGAGGGGCGCGGUGAAGGCGCAGCGGGAGCGUCAGAGCCUGGCGCGCCUGCGCAGGAGCAGGCGUGUGCUGCCGAUGGGCUUGCGGGCGGGGGUGCUGAGCGGAUGUGAAGGUCAUCACUAGGACAUCGCUUCGCUCCUGUAGACUUUAUAGACACUGUGAGCUUAGCCCACAAUAAAUUUAUGAAAAUAUUGUUUCCUUCUCUCAGUAAUGACCUUAACUUACUGUAAUUUUUUAGUUUGUAAAGCUAAUAUUUUUUUACCUUUUUGAGCUUUUGGUAAUAGCACUUAGCUUA